AUGCCCAAGUUCAGCGGCCGUGCCGGCUCUCGAGCGCCGCACACCAAGUUGCUGGGUCAGCGCAUUCCAGGAGACGCCACCGGUGUCACCAAGUCCCGCGAUUCCCGGGUUAAUCGCGCACCGCUCCCGGGCCGCGGGGCGCAAGUGGGUCGCGCGCCACAAGCCGGUUCGGCAGCCUUAAAGGACAUCAUCAAGGGCAAGUUGUCGGCGAAGCAGCGCGUCGCGGCGACUUUAAGCAAAAAAGAGCGGCGGAGAGCUUUCAAUUUGGACGACGACGAGGGGGAGGAGACGGAGACGCUGGUGCUGAAGGGGGGCCGGUCGGUCUUUGAGAUGAGCCGCCAGGAUAUUGCGGCCGCCCUGGACAACUUGGGCGACAAGGGUCUGCAAUUCAGCGACGAUGAGCAGAGCGAGCGGCAACUCGACGCGGGCUUGACAGGCAAAUUUUUGUUUGGCGCCGGACGUGAUGUCAGUGGUCAUGCCGGCCACGAUGCUGACGCUGGCAACGACGACGACGUCGAUGGGGACGAAGACGAGGGUGUGUCUGCAUCGAGGAAGCGGUUGAAUCGAAAGGAGAAGUUGGCUGAGUUGAUAAAGUCGUCGAAGCAACAGCGGUUGGCGAAUUCGCAGUUGCGGCACCAGCAAGCUUCCUUAUUGGAGAGUACGAACGACGCCCUUAAGACCGUGUUGAACGACCUGGACUUCCGGCCAGCUAAGAACACCCCCGCGUACACAAAGUAUGUGAAGGAGCAGCAAGACCUGGAGGAGAUUCGCGACGUGCGAAGUGCGCUCGAAAAAAGCCGAGACGACGACUUCGACCGACUUACCAGAGAACUCGCCGUUCAACCCACCGGCCAAGCCUCAGACAGGGUCAAGAGCUUGUUCGAACGUAAGCUCGAGGAAACCAGAAGCCAACAACUUGAAGAGGAACGUCGUGCGGCAGAACUUGCCAGAGCGUCCAAACUCCUCCGGACCAACGAUUUGCUCCACGCAACCGACGACUCCGAAAGCGACGACGACGACUCUGAAAGCGACGGCGACGACUCUGAAACCGACUCGGGCACACCUCCCAAGCACACACGGGCCGCCAAGCACAUGGGCGACUCCCCUUCGGGCCUCGACAACGACUCCACCGGCUCCUCCUCCGGUUCUGAAGGACCCUUUAGCGAAUACGGUACGGACAGCGAUAUUGACUCUAAACUCAGCGGAUAA